UGAUUUAGCCUUUUGGAGGAGAGAUUGUUGAUAUGGUGUCUGUAGAGCGAUUAUUGAAGGGGGUAUGCAUAAGAUGAUAUACAUAAAAAUGUUCUACACAAUAGUCGGAAUAUAUCAAGUACCCUAGUGAUUUAAACCUAAACCCAGCAUUUUUCAGCAGGGUUGAAUGACAAAGCAUCCCCCGUUGCGUCCCCUGAGGCGUCCCACAAGGUGUUGUCUCUAGACGGCAUCCACCAUACCUGAAAAACGAAACCCACACCUUAUCACCUGACCUACUUCCCUCCUGAUGUACUUAAGGUCGACGCGUACCCCGCACUCUGGACUCUCUCUCCUCUUCCUCAAUCAUCCUCGCCACGCAUCCUCCUAUACCAACCGCAAUUUGCAGAAACUCAGCUUCGAACUAAACAAACAAAAAGAAGAAAUGUCUUCCAGCAAUCAAGGAUACUCCUACAAGUCCAUCGGGACCAAUAGCCGGGUUUGCCCCUUGCUUUUCCUUUGGAUUGCUUGCGAAUGGGUCCACUGAAGGCUGGUAGGGCAACCGUUACUGUGCUCGCGAUUAUGGUAGCGGAGCUGCCAAUUCCAAUACGUAUCAUUAUUCCAAUAGUAAGUCGUUACGAUGCACCUCUAGUUCUACUAUUGUUGGGGAUCAGUACGUUAACUUGAAGCCUCACCGGCAGGUGACGGGAGUUACUAUUAUAGUAACCCCAACGUGGGUUUUCUCGUUCCUUAAAGACCAUCAGAGGUUUGGAUAUUAAUGCGGGGUAUAGGGCUCCACCUACUACUAUAGCAGCUCGAGUGGUCAAGGCACCUAUACCGCUCCUUAUGGUGGCAGUGGCUCCGGCAAGAAGUAAACACGACUUGUCAUGUCAUUGAAUGCCGGUAUGGUGAUGAUGAUGGAUGUUGUUUUCACUAUGUCUUUCUUCCUCUAGUGGCGGUUCUUUUGUCUUUUAGUCGAUAAGUUAGGGGGAUCAAUCGAAACAGUCUUAUUUUCCCAGCUAACAUUGGGUUAAACUCUAUCGUCCCAUCGAUCAAACGCUAGUUUUUUAUGGGCUGUGAACUGGGGAGUGAGGGAUGGGUGCUAUGAUACUAGUAGUUCGCCGGAAUGCGCUUGAUUUGACGUGACUCAGGCCAGGCAAUAGCAGACCACCCACCCCAAGUAAACGACUAACGAUCUUUAUCGGUAGCACAAGUUGUAUAUUGGAAGGUGAUAUCGGAUCUGUAACGGUUCCCCUAGACUGGGUAGGGUUCCUCAUGGCGGUUACGGGUGUCAUGUGUCGUACAUGAUUUCCCCUCAUCCUUUCGAUCUAUGAGCCGAGGGAGAUCUCUUUCAUCGGGUUGAUCCAGCCGGUGCUGCUGGGUGCCGUCUUGUCUUUUUUUUUCUUUUGUCAAAUUCGUGGUUUGAUUUUGGGUACGAUGCAUGACAAGCGUUUCUAAGGGUAUACAGUACUGUACGACCGCUGAACGCGGGAAGGAUCCUAUGGUGGAGCGGAUAGGAGCCCAGAGAGAAAAACAAAAAAGACAGAAAUAACACCAAAAGCAAGGACUACUAGUAGCACCCCGAUGGGUAAUCGUCAAAGUGGAUUCAUAUCUCCGUUGGAAAACUUUCAUAGAUACUAUCCAA